AUGGAGCCCUCGCCCAAAGACGGCGAGAGCGCGGCGGCCGCCGAGCCCAGCCGGGGCGGCACGGCCCCGUCCAGCGGCGUGGUGGUGCAGGUCCGGGAGAAGAAGGGCCCCCUGCGCGCCGCCAUCCCCUACAUGCCCUUCCCCGUGGCCGUCAUCUGCCUCUUCCUCAACACCUUCGUGCCGGGGCUGGGCACGUUCGUGUCGGCCUUCACCGUGCUCUGCGGGGCCCGCACCGACCUCCCCGACCGGCACCGGUGCUGCGUCUUCUGGCUCAACAUCGCCGCCGCCCUCAUCCAGAUCCUCACGGCCAUCGUCAUGGUGGGCUGGAUCAUGAGCAUAUUCUGGGGCAUGGACAUGGUCAUCCUGGCAAGCUACAAGGAGCAGGGGAUCCCACAGCAGCUCUAGUGGCUGGGACAAGUAUGGUCAGAGAAACGCGGCGAGAGAUUUCCUUUGGCAGCCGUGGGCCACGGACCUUUUCAUUACCCUUUGUCUCUCUUCUUGUCCCCUUUGUUUUGUCUCCCUGUGCCUGCCCGUGCAGCGGAGCGGAGAUGCCGAGCAGCCGGAGCAGACUUGCACUGACGCCCCCGGGCAGCCGAGAUGAGGCGAGCGUGGCUUGGCUUGGACUGGUCCCGGCCGACCAGAAGGACGAGGGUGCCAGGACAAGGACACGCCCUUGGCAGAGGUGGCACCUGCGUGGGCAGCUGAACCAAGGGAGGGGGAGAUCCUGCCUUCCCUCUGCUCCCAGGGGGAGGUCGCUGAAGAUGUUUUGCCUCCUUUUUGUGCUUGCUGUUAAAGGACGCUGGCUGUGAACAUCAAAUGCCAAGGAGCUGUUCAUAGAUACGCAUACAGGAUGUAAAAGCAAACCAGUGGUACUUCCUUCCUGCCCUGAGAUUCCAUCCGUGACUGCUUUGCAGCAGUGGAGGGUCCAACCCAGCCCCCUCUGCUGCCUGUGUAUAUGAUGUUCACUGCAGCUCUGUCCCUGCAGAUGUCUUGAGAAAUGUGCUUGCUGUAAAUUGUAUUGUACCGCUGACGUGACCGGGGCCACCCCCUCCUCCCACCCACUGCCACCAUGCAAGGACCAGAGCUCCCACCAGCCCAGGGGACACUUUUCCUAGCACAGGACUGGUGUCCUGCAGCGCCUUGCCUCUAGGGCAGCAAGUACUGCCCAAAGCCUCUCGUAUAAAACAAUUCUGGGGGAGCCAAAGAACCUUUCCUGCCCCUGGAAGGGACUUGCUGGCAGUGUCUCCAUGCUUUGGAAACGGAUCCCCUUAGAGCACGACGAGUGCUCCUGGCUGAAGCAGCAUCCCAGCUCUGUUUGCCCAGCCCUGCAUAAACCUGGCACUGCCAAGCUCCCCCCAGCCCAGGUGUGAGCAGCAGCCUGCUCUCAGGCAAUGGGUAAAAUUAACAACCCAGCGCUUUCACACCUCCUUCCGAAGCACUGUAGAGGGGACAACACCUCCACCUCCUGUGGGAGCUGUGACCAGCUGCAAGCCAGCACAGCCAGAGGGCCCAGCCAAAGACCCUCCUCUGGUCCAAAGAGCAUGGCCCCCAGCUAUCCCAGCACCAUCAGCUGCUUUGUAAAUGUAGAUGUUUGACAUGUGAGUUUUACAGCUAAAGAGUGAUUGUGGGUAAUGAAGAAUAAAUGCAGUUGCUUCACCCCCCAUCUGCCAGCAACACGGAAUUUUUCUGCUGCUCCUUUCUGAUUGUGAAAACCAGGUUUCUCAAAACAAACAAACAAACAAAACCAACAGCCAAAAACAAAAAAAAAAGGGCUUUAAUGAAAUAGUUUCUUGGUACUUGAACCAGCUGGGUUGAACAACUGAUUUACUACUCACUGGAAAGCAAUUCCAGGUAGGAACCAACACAGUGAAAAAACAGCUUCAUCCUGGGUCAGCCCAACCAUUGCACUGCGAGGCACAGUAACAUUUUUCCAAGUUCAUUGGUGUUGCCAAAUCCAUAUUUACCAUGGAAAAGGUGGUUUGGCAGGUGACCCCCACCCUCCCAGCCUUUUGCCUGGUUGGCCAUCCCUGGUGCAGGGGUUUGGGGUUGCUCACAGCUGGGAAGGUCAGUGGGGCUUUGUGCUGGGAGCAGCUCUGGCACACACAGCCACGGGGGGGUCAGGAGAGUCAGAUGUGAGAGGGGACUCCAUCUGUGCCACACCCCGUGCUUCCCAAGACACAAAGCUGCAUGUCCCUCCCUGUGUGCAUUGACUGGCACACAUUUUAUUAAAGACCUUUUAGUUGUCCCCUAAGUCUUGCUGUGAGCAUUGUGCUGAGCUCUGUGGGCAGGAAGCUGAAGCUCAAAGACCCAGUAAUCUCCAGAGGGCUGUUUUAUUCCUUGCCUCCUGCUUGUUCUGGGCUGACCCUGCAGUUCACACACAUACAUACACUCCAGCCAGGAUGCAUUUUAUUGCUGCCCAGCCCGAACUGCAUCCACUGCAAGACACCACCAAGAGUUCCUUGACAUCUAACCCCAGGUACAGGGAGAUCCUGUCUAGAUCUGACAUUCCUCCCAGGUAAAAGCAAUGUCUUCUCCCACAUGCUUGCUAACCAUGGUGUGGCAACAUAGCCCUGUAUUUUCCAGCUGACUUUGCUUCAUGCUCACACACACAACACACUUUGAAGCAGUGCUGCAAUUUAUUUCCCAAACUGGCACUCAGCAUUCCCAUCCCCCUGUGGGAGCAGCAUGGUGCAAAACCCCAGGUCACAGUGGCACCAUCUGAAACAGGGCUCAUUACAGUGAAUUCCACCAGAGCUCAUGGUAACACAACCCAUCAUUCCUCCUCCUGUCAUCUGUAUAAAUACCUAAGCCAGGCUAAAAUCAAGUCCUGCUUCUCUUGCACCCACCCAAGUGGUCAGAGGGAAGCAACAAUGCCCUGUCCCCACUGCUGGAAUGGUGCAGUGAGAAGAAGGUUUUGUUCAGGCUCUAAAAUGGCAAAGGCCAGAGCAGCUCAAUCCAUCUUGCAGCUCUGAGUGCUUUCAACAGGCAGGUGGGAGGGAAUGGCACAUUUUGGUUUGGGAUCACAACAAACCUGUACCAGCACUGCUGGAGGUGAUGGCAGUGCUCCCCCAGACCCCCAGCAAGUGAUCCCACCCUCCUCACAGCCCUCCUUCACAUACCAGCACAGGCACUGCUCCCAAGGCUGGCAGGGGGAUUGCUGCCUCAAGGCUGUGUGCUCUGUGGUUUUGGCCAUGCUUGGGUAGCUCAGAUUUUCCACCUUAGGAAGGAGGGAGCUGGGGCCUGCCCACCUAUGCCAUUUGCACCUUGCUGGUGAGCCCACCUUUUCAUACUGGAGGCCAAACUGAGGGGUUGCAGAGGACCAUUUGUAUGCCUGUUUAUAUCACUGAGUAUUGGAUUGUGACUUCUUGUGUUUUGAUACUGUGGAUAUUUUUUUUUAAAGUUAAAUAUAUUCUAUUGCUGGACAGAUGGAAUGAAAUGCAGAGUCUC